CUUCCAACGGAGCCUGUGACUUUUUCUCUCUCCUUCGUGUUGAGACAAAACCUGAACAACAAAUCCAGAAUCUGACACUUCCAAUCAAGACUAUCUCAGUGCUGAGCAAUUAUGCCUGUACCCAUGGCUGGUGAAAAUGGGACAAAACUAAGUGAGUUUAUCCUCAUGAGCUUCUCUUCUCUACCUACUGAAAUAAAGUCAUUACUCUUCAUGACAUUUCUGAUCAUUUACCUCAUCACUCUGGUGGGAAACAGCCUCAUCAUUUUGGUAACCUUGGCUGAUUCUAUGUUGCACAGUCCCAUGUAUUUCUUCCUUAGGAACCUGUCCUUCUUGGAGAUUGGCUUCAACCUAGUCAUUGUACCCAAGAUGCUGGGAACCUUGCUUGCCCAGGACACAACUAUUUCCUUCCUUGGUUGUGCUAUUCAGAUGUACUUCUUCUUUUUGGGGGUGGCUGAAUGCUUCCUCCUGGCCACCAUGGCAUAUGACCGCUAUGUAGCCAUCUGCAACCCCCUGCACUCCCCAGUCAUCAUGAACCAAAGGACCUGUGCCAAACUGGCUGCAGCCUCCUGGUUUGCAGGCUUUCCAGUAGCUACUGUGCAGACCACCUGGCUCUUCAGCUUUCCAUUCUGUGGCACCAACAAGGUCAACCACUUCUUCUGUGACAGCCCACCUGUGCUGAGGCUGGUCUGUGCAAACACAGCAAUGUUUGAGAUAUAUGCCAUUAUUGGAACUAUUCUGGUGGUCAUGACACCCUGCAUGCUGAUCCUAUGUUCCUACACUCGCAUUGCUGCUGCCAUCCUCAAGAUUCCAUUAGGAAAAGGAAAGCGGAAAGCAUUCUCUACGUGUUCUUCCCACCUCCUUGUUGUCUUCCUUUUCUAUGUAUCUUCAAGCCUCACCUACUUUCUACCUAAAUCGAAUAAUUCUCCUGAAAGCAAGAAGCUGCUGUCAUUGUCUUACACUGUUGUGACUCCCAUGUUGAACCCCAUCAUCUACAGCCUGAGAAAUAACGAGGUGAAAAAUGCCCUCUGCAGGACCUUCCACAAGGUGAUCGGCCUCAGAAACUGCAUUCUAUAGACACAAAGAGGUAAGACUAGAGUCUACUGAAUGAGGAACAAUCUGCUUCAUGUUUGGGAUUCCUCUCUACCUCUUUUCAUGUCUCUAUUGGGAGGACAUCUGGAUGAUGAAGUGACUAUUGGAAAGCAUGGCUGAGAGAAAAGAGCACAGAGGUAGUUCAGAUCUAUCACUACCAUUUGCCAAACUCCUCUGCCUGUCCAUUGAAUAUUUUCAUUCUUUUUCUUAUUCAGGCAAUUGAUAUUUUGACACUUUAGUAGCCAAGCCAUUCUAGUAUUUUCAUUGCUAAUGUAACACAUACUGUAUAAACUAUGAAACUGCUUGUAAUGUGAACUUGGGGACACACAAAAGGAAAGACAUCAGUAUACAUCAGAAGUCAUUUUGGCACUUUAUCUUACUUUGGACAAGCCUGACUUCAUUCAGCAAACAGACAAACUAGCAAUCCCUUCUACUACAGAAUUCGUUUUGUUCUUUGAUUUUAUUUCUCAUAUCCCUAAGGCAAUGCUGGCUCCUAAGCUUAUUAAUACUUAGUAUGGAUGGAGGAAAAUGGAUCAUUA